UUAUGUUUACAUUUUCACAUCUCUUCAAUAGCCCAUCAAUAAUGGCCAAUAGUCUUUCCGCUAACCCAGUGACGUCACGAGGACCGCUGCUCCUUAGAAUAAAACGAAGCGGGGAAGUGAAGCCUGAGCAGCACUGCAAAAUGUUAGAUUCUCUUGCUUUACUGUUGGAGAAAACCUUCCUUCUUGCACAUUUUAACUUUUUCAGUACAACUUCAUCCAAACAAGAAAGAUGCACAAAGCGUCGCGAGGAGAGCACUUUAUCACUGCAGCGCGGAGAUCUUUUGGAGGUUCCUCGCACUUUGUUCACUCAUUUUGGCAUUUAUCUCGGUGACAACAAAGUUGCACACCUUAUGCCUGACAUACUGCCGGUUCUGACGAGCAACAAAUCUCAAAUUCAGAAAGUAGUGACGAACAAGAGAUUGCUUCUCGGCGUGAUCUACAAGUACGCAUCAAUACGCGUCGACACGGUGGAGGAUUUUGCCUUCGGAUCCCCUGUUUUGCUCAACACGAUGGAUACUACCCUGAGAAAACAGCCGCUGGCCGCUGAGGAGGUCGCCAGAAGAGCUGAAAAACUUAUCGGUCAUAUUCCAUAUAGUCUUCUGUGGAAUAACUGCGAACAUUUUGUCACUUACUGCCGCUACGGGACAGCGGUCAGCCUGCAGACAGACAAGUUCUGUGAAAGUUUAAAAUCAGUAAUCCGGGACCAGAGGAGUGUUCUUCUGACCACUGUCAUCGGAAUGCUUUCCAUGUUUUUUCUUGGAAUAGCGCCGUCCACCGCACUUCCAACCUUUAUCAUUCCUUUCAUCUUGUGGAUGGCUGGAUAAGAGACACUUCGAG